GUAACAUAAAAUAUCAGUUUGUUACAAAUUGCAACAGAAUUGUGAGAUUGAUGCAAAUUGUGUAAUUUAGUAUAAAUGACCUCAAUUGAUCUUCUCUUGAACCUGAAUGAUGUUUAUCAUGCCUUAAUAAUCAUCCAAGCUUCGAUUUGUUUGUUGUAUGUUGUUUUCAACCCAGAUCUACUCAAUAAGGCCAUUUAAAGCUUCACGCAUCUUCUUAGCUCUAGCUCGCGUGACUGGACCUCCUUGGGUGUGUAAUGGAUCACAUGACGUGGUAGAUAUGCUGUCGUCUUGAUUCCCAUCAGGUACAAUCUAUAUUACAUUAUUCCUCAACUAGAAAGGAACCAUCAAGUAUGGAAUCUGUUAUAGACUUCUCAUAAUUCUACAAAUGAAGAAAUGAAUAAAUCAAAUAGAUAAAC